AUGAAUCCGCUACCCUCCUUACGACGAUAUCCUCGGUCUUCCCGGUCAGCCUCGCCAUUGCUCCUCGACUUUCUCGCUCCCUCAAUUCUGCGCCACAAUCAACCUCGCUACAGCUCUACAAACGCCUCGAGCCACUUAGGUUCUAACUCUGGGUCUGCAUCCGGAGCUGGAUCUCAAAAGCCAAAAUAUGUCCUGAAUAAGAAACAGCGGGAGUACCUCGACCGUGCGCUUCGCGUCAACCAAGCCGGCGAACUUGCAGCGACUCUAAUCUACACUGCACAAACUCCUCAAGUCGUGCGCUCGCACCCUCAUCUCCGACCCUUGAUGAAGCACAUGUACGAUCAGGAAGCUGGACACUUCUCCACCUUCAACAAUCUCAUCGCCAAACACCGGAUUCGGCCCACGGCCAUGUACCCGGUCUGGGAGGUGGCAGCGACGUUCCUCGGGUGGUCAACAGGCGUCAUGGGGCGGGAGGCUGCGAUGGCAUGCACGGAGGCGGUGGAGACGGAGAUCGGGUCCCAUUACAACGACCAAGUACGAGAGAUUCUUUCGUGGGAGGCAGACGCUCAGAGCCGCGGGGAGGAACUGGACGAUGAACUGAAGGAGAUGCUGGCGACUUUUCGGAGGAUCCGGGAUGAGGAGCUGGAGCAUUUAGAUCAUGCUGUUGAGAAUGAUGCCAAAGAGGCUCGGCCGUACGAUCCCUUGGUCAAUGUGAUUCGGCUGGGAUGUAGGACGGCAAUCAAGAUCACGGAGAGGGUAUGA